AUGGAUGUUUUGAAGAAGCUUGAAGCUGAGAUAAUGGGAACAAAGACCGAGGUGAGGAUGUUGAAGGAGAGAGAGUCUGACACAGAGGCGGUUUUGGCAUCUUUAAAUGCUGAGCUAUAUAAGAACAUGGUAAAGAUGACUAAAAUCGAUGCUGAUGCUGAGGGGAAGAGUGCAGCUGAUAUGAACAAGUAUGUGAACUUCAAGGAAAAUGGAGAAGAAGGAAGGAGGAAAGAGCUGAUGAGCAAGAUGGCGAAGGAGUAUCUUACACUUGCUCAGAUACUUGACGGAAACAAAGUAGACAAAAAUGGGUAUUUUGCGAAGACUACAAAAAAGAAGAAGAAACCUAUCAUUCCUCUUUUAUGA